AUGACCCCGGUCCGAACUGCGGGUAGUGGAGGACCGGCCGUAGAGGUGAGCUGUGAGGAGCUGGAGAAAGUGCUCAUCGGAUCAGACCCUGAGAGGUUUUUUCAGAUCGGCUCGGAAUUACCAGCACAGGAGAAGUCAACGCUAAUUGAUUUUCUUCGACGGAGUGAGGACAUAUUCGCCUGGGAUCCUUAUGAAGCCCCCGGGGUUGACUCAGAUCUCAUAUGCCAUCACCUUAAUGUUAAUCCGGCCAUAACACCAAAGAAGCAACCUCCUCGGCACCCAUCGAAGGAACAUGCAGACGCUGUGAGAGAAGAGGUCGCAAAAUUGAAGAAAGCUGGGACUAUCAAGGAAGGAUACCAUCAGAUAUCCCUGGCUGCCGAAGACCAAGAAAAAACCGCUUUUGUCACCCCAGUUGGCAACUAUCAUUAUAAGAUGAUGCCUUUUGGCCUGAAGAAUGCUGGGUCGACCUAUCAGAGGAUGAUGACUAGGAUGUUUAAACAGCAGAUGGGCAAAAUCGUUGAAGUGUAUAUAGAUGACAUGGUAGUAAAGAGCAAAUUGGUGGCCGACCACAUCAGAGACCUCGGUGAAGUGUUUCGAAUCCUGAGAAAAUACAAGCUACUACUGAACGCAUCCAAAUGUUCAUUUGGGGUGGGAUCAGGAAAGUUCUUGAGCUAUAUGGUAACCCACCGAGGAAUUGAAGUUAACCCUGACCAAAUAAGAGCCAUUCAUAGCUUGCAACCUCCUCGGAAUCCCAAAGAGGUCCAGAAGCUUACCGGCAUGAUAGCUGCUUUAAGCCGUUUCAUCUCCCGGUCAGCGGACCGAUGCAGGCCUUUCUUCCUCCUAUUGCACAAGUGGAAGGGUUUCGAGUGGACUAAAGAGUGUGCUUUAGCUUUCCAACAGCUCAAGGAAUAUCUCGCCCGACCACCGAUCAUGUCCAGUCCUGAUGCCGGCGAGGUGUUGUUCGCAUACAUCGCAGUAGCCUCUCAUGCGGUGAGCUUAGUGCUAAUCCGAGAAGAUAAUGGCACGCAGCGGCCCAUGUAUUACGUAAGCAAAUCGCUGCAGGAGGCAAAGACCGGGUAUCUACCCCUCGAAAAAGCUAUAUUGGCCGUCGUACAAGCCACGCGGAAGCUCCCUCACUAUUUUCAGGCACAUACAGUAGUUGUGCUAACUCAACUUCUACUGAAAUCAGUCCUCCGCAGCGCCGACUACACUGGGAGAAUAGCUAAGUGGGGAACAAUCCUGGGCACCUUCGACAUUAGAUACAUGCCUCGCACCGCCAUAAAAGGUCAGGUCCUCGCCGAUCUAGUAGCUGAAUUCGCGGAGCCCACCUUAGAAGGGAUGGAAAUGUCGGGGUCACCAAGUGCUGAUGGGAAACUGGUUAGCACGGUCUCUCAGCAUGAGCACAAUAGGUGGAGAGCACACAUCGAUGGUGCAGCAAACCAAAGGGGCUCAGGGGUGGGGCUCGUUCUAGUCUCUCCCGAAGGGAUAACCAUAGAAAAGUCGUUGAGGCUCGGAUUCUUGGCCACGAAUAACGAAGCCGAGUAUGAGGCACUGUUGGAGGGAAUGUCGAUGAUCCGGAAAUUGGGUGGAACGAGACUCAUUGUGGGACAAGUAAACGGGGAAUUGGAGGUGAAGGAUGAAAGAAUGCAAGGGUACCUUGCUCGGGCUAAACACCUGCAGACCCAUUUCAGUGACUUCCGAUUAACGCAUAUACCUAAGAGUGGGAACACCCAUGCGGAUUCUCUCGCAACACUGGCCACCUCCUCGGGUCAGCCCCUUCCGCGGGUUAUUUUAGUUGAAGAUCUCUGCCGCCCAACAACAGAGGAGCCCAACGGUGUUCGGGUACACAGCGUAGGGGCAGGAACUAGCUGGAUGGACCCUCUGGUGCUGUUCUUAAAGCACGACACCUUACCGGACGAUAAGGUUGAAGCUGACAAAAUCAGGAGGAAGACUUCUCGAUUCUGGCUGUCCGAGGACUCCAGACUUUACAGACGUACGUUCUCGAGGCCAUACUUGCUGUGUGUGCACCCAAGGGCUACGGAACUCAUCCCAGAGGAGUUACAUGAAGGGAUUUGUGGAAGCCAUACGAGGGGCAAGUCCCUCUCCCACAGGGUCAUGACGCUGGGUUACUGGUGGCCGAGCAUGCACAAAGAGGCUCUAGAAUAUGUGAAGAAGUGUCACCAAUGCCAAAGGUUUGGGACCCUGCACACCCUGAUCUCGGACAACGGCCUCCAAUUUGACAGCAAAGCCUUUAGAGAAUACUGUAAUGAGCUGGGGAUUAUCAACCGAUACUCCACACCAGCCUACCCACAGGGUAAUGGACAGGCGGAAGCCUUCAACAAAAUCAUAGUGAAUGGGCUGAAGAAGAGGUUGGACGACGCGAAAGGGAGAUGGGUUAAAGAGUUAGCCCACGUCUUGUGGACGUACCGCACCACGCCUCGCAGGUCCACAGGAGAAACCCCCUUCUCAUUGACCUACGGAGCCGAGGCUGUCAUCCCACCGGAGAUAAACUUCCCAACCCAGAGGACUACCGCCUUCAACCCUAUUGCUAACAACAGCCUUCUGGAAAAAAUCCUGGAUCUCCUCGAAGAAAAAAGGGAAAGUGCGAUGGUUCACCUAGCUUAUUAUCAGCAAAAGCUCAAACAGGGCUACGACGCCAAGGUGAAGCCAAGGCCCUUAGCGCCCGGGGAUCUAGUGCUGAGGAAAGUCCUGGGCACCGCGAGGAACCCUGCGUGGGGAAAGCUUGGACUAAACUGGGAGGUCCCAUACCGUAUCACUUCAGUAGCCGGCAUUGGGGCAUACUUUUUGGAAGACUUGAACGAACAUGUAGUGCCACGUCCAUGGAAUCAGUUAAAGGCAGAAUAA